UUAAUUUCAUCCUCAGAUAUAGUUUGAUUAAUUAAGUAUUAAUUUCUCUCUUCCCUGUCCUUCAAAUUUGAUCACUAGCUUCUAAACAUUAACAUUGCUAGACUAUAAAUUCGAGGUGCGAAGUCUACAAUAAAGUGUGUAAAAGAAAAACUCGAAAGCAAGGGAAGAGAUAAAGAAAGCUAAAAGAGAGAGAGUGUGUGGGGUUUGGUGCAUGAGCAGAGGUGGAUGUUUGGGUUGUUUAUGUAUUUCUGAGUUUGGGAAUCGUUGAAAGACAGUGAAGAAAGCCUGCAAGAGAAUCCAACAUCCAAACAUGGUAAAGCUUAGGAAGCGACGAUCCGCAUAGAUUCACAAUCUUUUCCUGCCUUUUCUCUCUCUCGUCUCUGGCUGCUAAGACUUUCCCUGCAGCAUCCAUGUAAUAAAUCCGUACUACAUGCCUACUUUUUUCCAACUCCACCGCAACCACCUCCACUUAAACCCCAGAAGAGAUAGAAGGAGAGUUGAAAAGAAGGAUGUUGUCUUCUCCAAGAUGAGAAUUGAGGUAUUAAGUACUGGUUUGGCAUGACAGUUGCAUGGAAUGUGGGGAAUUUAGGCCAAAGAUUUUCUGUCUGCAUAGCUUGAGAAUCCACUUCCAAUAGUUUAAGUGUCAAGAAAAGGGGAAGUCAGGCAGGCAGACCAUAUCACAAUCUGCUCUUGUUCCUUGCUUUUCAUGGAGUGGAAGAGAUACAGAAAACUAAACCUCAGCCUCAGCCACAAAUCUCACUUCCUUUACUGUUUCUCCCUCUUCCUUUUUUCAGUUUGCGCACUGUUUAGCGUCAUCAGCACUGCAACCACUUGUCAACAAGAUAUCAGGUGUUCAUUGUCAGGUCAAGCUGAUAGCAUCUGUUUACAGGAAAUCGCUGAGAAGAGAAAACAUGAAGAUAAGAUGGGGUCUCUUGACAUCCAAGGACUCCCUCUAACCUUGGCCAGGAGAUUUUUGAGCGGCCCAGGAUCAUCACCGCCACGGUGCACUUCAAAGUGCGGCAAUUGCACCCCGUGCAAGCCAGUUCACGUGCCAGUGCCGCCCGGAACACCAGUGACUGCGGAGUAUUACCCAGAAGCAUGGAGGUGCAAAUGUGGCAACAAGUUGUACAUGCCAUGAUGCUUUUAAUUUUGUUUGGUCACAAAAACAUGUCUACUGCAUGUGACCAGGACACUGAAGAGACAAUUCCUGGUUUUCACUGUGAUGAAAAGUUGACCUUGAACAAGAAAAUAGGGUUUUUUACUUUAUGUAAACAACUGUAGCAUACAUUUAUAUAGUAUGGGUUAAUCAACAGAUUCAGAAGAGCACUUAUGUGAAAAA